AAUACUUGAAUGAGGUAUAUCCUGCAUUACAUAUCAUAGUUCCUGUCUUAAUCGCAAAAAGGAAAACAAAGUGAAAGGCAAACGCUGCUUUACCAUAGCAACGGCUGGUAUAUCCGCAGUCGUGGCCUCUUUUUUCCGGUUUCAACUUUGGACUGUCAAACACAGUCUAUCGCCACCUGCUGGCAUGGAGAGUUACUUCCUUUCCUUCUAGAAUACAUAUUGGUCAGUAGUUGAGCUACUUGGCAGUCGACCCCAAGUCUUUGCGGUGUGUUCAAGUGCCCUUUUUUUAAAAAAAUAAAUAAAUAAUAAUAAAUCGCAGCACUGAAGAAAUGGCAGAUGACCUUUCUCGGGUGAGGACCAGCUUUGUGGAGAAGGUGUCCACAGUACUCAUCAGUCAGCUCCUGGAUGAUGUUUUGCUGGACCGUAUCGUGAACGAUGGUGAGAAGGAGUCGGUGCUCGAGGCGAACAGUACCAGAGGAGACAGGGCUCGCUGUCUUAUUGACACCGUGAGGAGGAAAGGGAACAACGCUAGCAGGAUGAUGAUCGCCCACAUUCAGCAAAGAGACCCCAUGCUUUACGCUGAACUGGGUCUGUCCUGUGGUCAGCCCGCUCAGCCAGAGCCCCCAGUGGAGCAGGAAUGGUCGGCCUCGCUCAUCCCCACCACUGAUACAUUCUGGAGGGAGAAACUGAAUGAUAAACAUGUUUACUCUGUAACCAAAAAGUCCAUUAAGAAUCGUGUGGCCCUGCUAAUCACUAAUAUAAAGUUCGCUAAUGAGAAGUUCAACAGAAAUGGUGCUGAGAAAGAUGAGGAGAACAUGGAUAAACUGCUCACUAGUCUGGGCUACAAGGUGGUGAAAUACACAAACCUCACAGCUAAGCAAAUCGACGAAGCUAUAAUUAAGUUCUCUAAACACCCGGAACUCAAAGAGACGGACAGCGUGUUGGUGGUUAUCAUGUCUCAUGGGAAACUGGGAGCUAUUCUUGGAGUCAACUGGGAAAAUGAGACAUCUGGUGAUGCGAGCCCAGAUGAAUUCCCCAUCAACAACAUCUACAAACACUUGGGCUCACAGAAAUGUCCCGAGCUUAUGAAUAAACCAAAGAUCAUCAUCAUCCAGGCCUGCAGAGGAGAGGAGGGAGGAGCGGUGCUCGUUUGUGAUCAAGCAGACUCAGCUGUGCUUUGUGACGAUAUAAAACAGUCGGGUCCAUCGCCGUCUGCUGAUGAAGAAAACAUCGAGGAUGAUACUUUGCGCUGUGUACACAAGGAAAAGGACUUCAUUUCUCUUCUUUCCUGCACCCCUGAUACUGUCUCAUAUAGACAAAGAGGUUUUGGGUCUUUUCUCAUCCAGUAUUUGGUUGAGGUGAUGCAUACGGAUGCACAUAAGGAUGACAUUGAGGAACUUUUCAGAAAAGUCAUGCAUCGCUUUGAAGACUUUUGCAUUCAGAACAAAAGACAGAUGCCAACCAAAGACAGAUGCUCUCUGACAAAGCGCUUCUACUUCUUCCCAGGCAUCUGAGUCUGGAUUCUCUGUUGACAACAGAUUUGCAUCCACUUUUAAAAUGGAUGAAUGAAAUUUAUGGUUCGAUUAUUGCAUUUCUUUGCCGGAGGGGCAAGAGUCUUUUUUUAUAAUCUGUCUUUGAUAAAACUCUUUUCUAUGAACUUAAAUCAUGUCUUUUAUAUUUUUAUAUCAAACUGAAACAGUUUACGGCUUUGAACUAUUGCAGCAAUUUUAUUCAUUUGUAUUCAACACGUUUCUUACUUAUAGACGUCAACGGGUCAGCUGUUUUCCCACAAAACUCUGGAGUAAUCAUCAGUAGUCUGGGUAGUAAUUUGCCAAAAGUCCAUAGAAUUUCUAUCUUGCUAUUAAUUGUGGUUUGGUUCAAUUUACAAUUGAUUUUCCUAGUUUCCCACCAUUUAAAAGAAGUCAGAUAGCGCACAUCGACUGUAUUGCACGCAGGUCUAUUCCAGGGCAGGAGUUGUUGGAUUUGCGUAACUAAGCUGUGUAAUUCUAAGCCUUAAGCUCACUUUAAGGCUUUUCUGUGUACCUUUUCAAUAGACACAUUCAUAUAUUUUAUCCAUGUUUUGCAAUUUUUUUCAAUUAUUUUUUUCAAUUAAUUUUUUUUUUGCGAGGACACCGACAUUCAGCACUCAACAUUUUCUUAGUUUCUUCUUAAUUUGGGCCAAGCUGGGAACGUCUGUUGCUUUUCUGUGCAAAUAAAGUUGACUUUCGUGAAUUCCUCGGCAUAUAAA